CGGUAGCGUGCACCUCAUAUGUUGACAAUCCUCAAUGCGACUAAUGCUUCUGGUCGUAUGAAUAACCUAAAGUUGAUAGACGUAAACCGAUUACACUGCUAUCUUGUCUGAAAAUUGUGAUAAUUGUCAUUUGUGAUUUACUUUGCAGCAACUAGACAGCUGACGUAGGCUCGAAUAUUUCUAACUUUUGCUCUCUCGCUAUUCAGAAGCUGAUCUGCCUGUGUGCGGCGUGCGUGAGCCGGUUGUUCGAUCUGAAAUGCCUAUAAAUGAAUGUAUUGUCUCUGCACCCGGAAAAGCCAUUCUUCACGGAGAGCAUGCUGUAGUCCAUGGGAAGGUGGCCCUGGCUGUGAGCUUGAACCUGCGCACGUAUCUGCGCUUGGAGCCGAAUUCGGCCGGGAAAGUUUGCAUCAAUCUGCCAAACAUCCACACAUUCCUUUCCUGGGAUGUCACAUCGCUGCAGUCGCUGCAGCCUGACCGCACAGCUGACCCGAAGAAUGCGAAGGAGCUGGAUACUGACCUUGUUUCUAGGCUUCGGGGUUUUAUCGGGGUGACGGACGGUAAUACAGACACCAGCACCAUGGCUGUCCUCGCCUUCCUGUACAUCUACCUCUCCGUUUUUACCGAGUCCGGGGGGCUGCCCGGCGCGACUGUGUGGGUGUGGUCGGAGCUGCCCACCGGCGCCGGUUUGGGGUCCAGCGCGGCGUUCUCCGUGUGCCUCGCCGCGGCGUCGCUGCGCGCCAGGGGAGCCGUCACCUGCCCGCUGGGCGACCGGGACCAGACAGCCAGGUGGAGCGAGGAGGAGAUGGAGCUGAUCAACGCGUGGGCCUUCCUCGGGGAGAAGAUCAUCCACGGGAACCCGUCGGGGGUGGACAACGCCGUGAGCACGUGGGGUGGAAUAUUGAGAUACCACGCCGGGAAGAUCACGCCACUCAGCAGGGUCCCCAUGUUGAGAAUCCUGCUCACAAACACCAAAGUUCCGCGCAGCACCAAGGUACUUGUUGCCGGAGUGAAGGACAAAAUUAACAAGUUUCCCUCGAUAAUGAACCCGGUGCUGGAGUCCAUAGAUGCCGUCUCCUCUACGUGUCAGCUGACUCUGACCGAAAUGGCCAGUGAUCCCACCCCAGAGCACUACAGCGUUCUGGAGGAGCUGAUGGACAUCAACCAGCACCACCUGAACGUGAUCGGGGUGGGGCACCCCUCCCUGGACGCCCUCUGCCGAACGACGCUGGCCCAGGGGCUCCACAGCAAGCUGACAGGGGCCGGGGGCGGGGGCUGCGGCAUCACCCUCCUCAGGCCAGACACGGACUGCUCGGUGAUCCGGCACACCGUGGAGGAGCUGAGGGGCCGUGGCUAUGAAUGCUGGGAAACCAGCAUCGGCGCGCCCGGCCUGCUGCAGCACGCGCCGUCCUCCCUCGGGGGCGAAGUUCAGCGGGUUUUAAACGGUCACUGAGACGGGCGGUCGGCGGUGGAGACUGUAAGGGUAUCUCGCCCAAGCCCAGCCCUGAGCUGAGCUGAGCUGAGCUGGGGUCCAGAUGCUUCCAUUUCUCUGCCCCUGACAGACUGCCUGCGGUGGUUCAUGACCCCGACUCCUGCACCGCACUUGGUAAACCCGGACAUUUGGAGACCGGUGGUCUUUGCUCAAACUCAUCGGCAGCUAACUUAAACGUUUAGUUUUCUUCUUCUUCUUCUUCUUCUCCCCCUGCUCAUGUAGCUCUUCUCUGAGUGAGGGAAGCUGUUUGGAGCACAAACAUUCUGCCCCAAAUCAUUCAAACAUGUCCCUGCCUAAACUGCAGGGUACUUUUUUUAAUCGCACAGUGUCAGGCUUUUUGUGGAAAUAAAAAGCAGGAAAUACCAGUCCAAGGAUCAGAAUUACAGGGCCUAUUCAACCGUAAUCACUACAGUUACUAGAAAUGAAUCAUUUGGUUGAAAUGGCGCAUUCUGGAAGCAUGUCUUCUCAUGCAGUACAGUGUCAUUGAGUGCAGACAUCAAAGGCAGAUCUGUCCAAUAAGGGAGGAUAUCCUGUCCAAAGGAUCGUCAUGCUUUUAGCGGUUUCUCUUUCAGUCUCUUUCAUCGUUUAGGCUGCAGACAUCUGUGUACAAAGAUCCCAUUGGACGAGACCGCCUACCAGCAUCUUCGACCCUUUGCGCACAAGUAAUAGAGAAUGGGUGCCUGUAGUGAGCUAACACGACCAGUAGGUGGCAGUAAUGUCAUUCAAGCCCGUGCUUCAGCACGUCGUGGUGCUGUUGGAAUGAUUUAUUUGCAAUUAUGUGUGUAAUGAGUUAAUUUCCCAUUUCUGAAAUCACAGUUCUGUUAAUUUAUUAACAUUUGGGGAGUGUGUAAAAUGUCACCAUGGCUACAAGGACUGAACUCUCAAGGACUCGCUUCGUGCAAGCCACUUCAACGUCUCAACGAACGGCCAACAUGGCAAUAAAUUAUAUUGAGAAAAACGG